UUGGUGCAGUAACCAGAUUGAAACUCAGAAUUCAAUUUUUCGCUAAUUAUGCCGGAGAGUGGAAACAGGAUGGCGACGCCAGUGCUCCAUUGCUGCAUUAUACUUCUGCUCUUGGCUUUGGCUCUCAUCGUUGUAAAAAUCCAAUCUUUUUUCCCUUAUGAUUUGGGGUUUCCAAGUGUUAGUCCCAGAUUUCUCUCUGGCGUCACUGAUGUGUCUUAGUUGUUGAUAAAACUAAAAUCAAAAUUAUGCAAGAUCAAUGUUCCAAUCCCAGAAAAAAGCUUAGUUUUACUUCCAAAAGCAAUGCUGACAUGUCGGCCAUUGGUGAUCUUGAAGAUAAGAUUCAUGCAAAAGAAACGUUAAAGCAGCGAAUCAGACAAAAAGAACAGUGCACCACCACCGACAACAUCAAUAUAUAUAGUUUAGUUCGGAUUCCUCGAUGCUGCACUUCUUUGUGGCCUCUGGCGUUGGAGACAUCUUCGCUCUUAAAGGACGUGAGGAGUCUCAUUGUAAGGUUUUCCUGAAGCCUCGACAGAUCUUGGCAAUUUUGGGCAGUAGCAAGCAACAAGUAUUAUCUCGACAAUGGUAAUCAUAAUUUUCAGAAUUAGUAAAAUUACAACUCACCAUUCAUCUCUUCUAGAAGUUAUGACGGUGUAUAUUUAGUAUUCUUUGUUUUGACUUGCACUCAUCUUUAUCAAGUGCUUCCUUUUAGCUCCACAAUAGUUUUGACAUCUUAAAUUAAGCACUGGUAUGUUUCUGUGCAUUCUUUUGAGCGAGGGUCUUAUCGGAAACAACCUCUCUACCUCACACAAGGUAGGAGUAAGGUCUGCACACACACUACCCUCCCUAAAUCCCACUUGUGGGAUUACACUGGUAUGUUGUUGUUGUUGUUGUUGAUGUUUCUGUUCAUUUGCCAUUUGUCUACUUUGAAUCAAGCAGUGAAAUUCAUGCAGCCAUGAGUGCAAGAUUUGCUGCAGUGUGUCCUUAGUGGCUGUGCAUAAAUUUUUUAUGAGUCCAACAAAAACGGCCUGCGUCGUUCUGUCUAUCUUAGUUCUUUUCCUAUACACUUUAAGGCCCGCUGAUGACACGUCUAUGGUCUUCAUGGGCUGCGUUUUUGUGCAUGUAAGCAUUAUUAUGGCAUUUGUUAUGAUAUAUGAAAUUUGUUCUACACGUCGAGCUCGAGGCAGAACAAGUAGUACAUCCGUUAACCGCUUGAUUGGUUGUGAUACACUCCAUCACUAUGUGCCUUCAUCAGAAGCUUUUCCAACCAGAAGAAGAUUGCAGGAGCUGAGGCUCCAAGUUGCUCUUCUAGAUCGUGAACUUGUUGAGUUUGAAAACGUAACCUUAAGUGAGUUGCCUUCUGCUAUUGUUUUCGGAAUUCCUUCCAUGAAUGAAGAAGAGAUAAAUGCCUUACCUGUUCACAAUUACAAAGGCAUUGGUCUAGAGAGUGAGGAUGCACCACUGAAACAAGGCUCAUUUUCUGCUGCCUCAGCUAAGGGAUAUUGGAGGAUAGGUAUAACAGAGGAUCCCUCAUGUGACGAAUCGACAUGUAAUAUUUGUUUCCAGCAAGUUAUAAAGGGAGACCUUGUUCGUAGCUUGCCAUGUUUACAUCAGUUUCAUAGGAGAUGCAUUAACCCGUGGCUCGCAGUGAAUGCUUCAUGUCCAAUCUGUAAAUUUAUGCUGGGGUCAGGAGCGCAGCAAAGCAUCGAGAGUGUGAUUAGUGAUGAUGAAAUGGUCUGAGCACUUGAAAAACUUUAAGAUAUGUUUGAAUUCUAUUUCCAGUCUGCUUUUGAGAAUAAAAGAAUUCUUACAAGAAUUCUCACUGCAGUUUUAAUAACUUGUUGCUGCAGUAUGUAAAUAAGAUAGAAGACUCUACUAUGUGUUGCACUUUUCUCUUCGUUUCUAAGUUCUGUGACCCUGAGGGUUCUGUUACUGUGAAAUGCAUGUUAAAACUUGUCUUA